UAACCACAGUAACUAAACUAAAAUUACAUUCAAAUUAAGCGAACCAAUGGAAUUUGGUUCAGUAUCAAUGAGUAAUGCAAAAUUACCAAACUUCAUGCAUAUUCUUUCCUGAUUACGUCAAUGAUCAUGUGUAUAUAUAGGCGAGAUUUUGUUGUAGUUGUCACUAAUCGUCCAGGUUCGUUCACCGAAAGACACUUCAAGAUGAUCCCUGCUGUUUCCCUCCUUUGCCUCGUUGCUGGCACAAUUGCCAUACCAGUCAACACUGGCUACUAUCCUAAAUCCCAAGGAUACAGAGGACAUGGAAUUAAUGGCGGCAUCAUCGGAAUCAACAACAACGGAUUUGAAAGCAGCAUUUUGGGGUUUAACGGUGGAAAUUCCGCCGCUUCUGCUGCUGCUUCCGCCACCAGUGGCCUGAAUUUCGUUGCCGCUGCCGCGGCCGCCAACGCUGCCUCAGAUGGAUCACAUCAUUUUGGACAACAAGGAGUUCUUGGUUUCAACAAUGGAUUUGAUCAUGAAUUUGGAUUCAAUGGAGGUUUCAAUGGAGGGAACUCAGCUGCCGCUUCUGCUGCCGCUGCUGCAAGUGGUAUGAAUUCUGCUGCUGCCGCCGCCGCCGCUGCAUCCUCUGCACAGAGAUCUUCAUUUACAGGAUUCCAAGGCCAUUCUGGACAUCAGUGGAUUGGUUCUAACUACGGACCAUUUGUUCAACAAGUACCGUCUGUUCAAUUCCAAUCGGGUCCACAAUUUAACGGACUUGGAGGUUCUGCUGCUGCUGCCGCUGCCGUCGCUGCUGCUGGUCAACAGAGCGCUGCCGCUGCCGCUGCUGCCGCUGGUCAAAAUGCUGCCGCUUCUGCUGCUGCCGCUGCUGGUAGAAACGCCGCCGCUACUGCUGCCGCUGCCUCUGCAUCUGGUGCCAACUUUGGACCUCAGAUUGGACUUAGAGGUUCCCAGUUUACCGGUCAGAUUGGUGGUCAAUUUGGUGGUCAAUUUGUUCAACCAGCUGUCUACUACCCCAACGUUGUUGGACAAAACGCUGGAGCUGCCGCCGCCGCUGCUGCUUCUAACAACGCCGCCGCCGCUGCUGCAGCUUCCGCCAGUGGAUUUAACGGUGGAUUUAUUGGAGGAUCAACUGGUGUCAUUGGCUCCAGAUAUGUACCUGGAAAGAAAUAUUAAUUGAAUUGUAUUUAAAGACCUUAUUUGAUCUGUGAUAUGCAUGUUUAUCAUG